CGAAAAUUUCUGUUACACAGUUGAGAGUCAACAUCAUGAACAUGAUGUUGUGUUGGGUUCAAGUUGGUUUAUUUUUUAUUUUACUCAAAGAUGCCUCUACAUUUACAGAUAGCCCAAAGUACGACUAUGAAAUCAAGUACAUAACCAUGAAAGUUGACCACUUUGGCUUUGCCAAUGAUGAUACAUUUGAGCUGCGCUACCUGAUCUCCAAGGAGCAUUGGGAUGAGAAUGGAGGACCAGUCUUCUUCUACACUGGCAAUGAAGGCGACAUAACCUUAUUCUGUGAAAACACAGGCUUCAUGUGGGAUAUUGCCCCACAAUUCAAGGCCAUGGUUGUCUUUGCAGAGCAUCGAUUCUACGGCAAAUCCAUGCCUUAUGGAAACCUAUCUUAUUCGGAUGCAGCUCACAUGGAUUCGUUCACAUCAGAACAAGCCUUGGCUGAUUAUGCGGUUCUCAUAGCUUACCUCAAGUCGAGCAUUCCCGGUGUAUCACACAGUUCUGUCAUUGCAUUCGGUGGUUCGUAUGGUGGGAUGCUGGCGGCCUGGUUCCGCAUCAAGUACCCACAUGUCGUGCAGGGUGCCCUGGCUGCAUCAGCUCCCGUGCUCCAGUUUGAGCACUACACGCCCUGCGACGUCUUUAACACGAUCGUCACCAAGGACUUUGCGUUGGCCGGUGACUCCUGCCCAAAAGCUAUACGUCGGUCCUGGGACGCCAUCACCAGGCUUGCCAAAUCCUCUGGUGGUCUGCAGUAUAUCUCCCAAGCUAUGCAUCUAUGUAAGCCAUUGAAGAAAGAUGCAGGUGCACUUAAAAGCUGGCUCACGGAGGUCUAUGGAAACCUGGCGAUGGCAAACUAUCCGUACCCAGCCAGCUUUCUUUCGCCAAUGCCUGCGUGGCCAAUCAAGGCCGUGUGCUCCAAACUCACAGACCCCGGUCUUCAUGACAAACAGCUCAUAGAUGCACUGUUCAAGGGCAUUUCUGUCUACUUUAACUACACCGGUGCUGCAGAGUGUCUCGACGUAUCACAGGCGACCACUGGUGCCCUUAGUGAUGAAGGAUGGGGCUACCAAGCAUGCACAGAGAUGACGAUGCCGUUCUGUGCGGACGGGGUAAAUGACAUGUUUGAGCCGAGCGAGUGGAACCUACAGUCAUACUCAGACGACUGCUACAAGAAGUGGCACGUGAGGCCACGGCCGGACUGGGUGCCUCUGUACUACGGUGGUUACAACAUCACGGCUUCCAGCAACAUCAUCUUCAGUAAUGGGAAGUUGGACCCGUGGUCGGGAGGCGGGAUCCUAAAGUCCCUGUCGGACACCCUCGUCGCGAUCAUCAUUGACGAGGGCGCUCACCACCUGGAUCUGCGUGCGAGUAACAAGGACGACCCUCCGUCCGUCAUUGCCGCCCGGAAACAGGAGGUGGAGAUCAUUCGACGGUGGCUAGGGGAGGCAGCAGGAUGGGAACAGCAUGCGCAGGAUGGACGCAGGCUAGUUGUACACGACUCGCAGGUCAAGAGAGAGCAUCUGUGAUCUAUAUGUUGCCGAGAAACGAAGUGCCUACCUCCGUUGACACGGACGCGAGUGCUGUUGGAAUUCUUCUUCUUCUUUUUCUUCCUCUUCUUCUUCUGCAUCUUCUUCCUCUUCUUCCUCUUCUUCUUCUUCUUCUUCUUCUUCUUCUUCUUCUGCCUGUUCUUCUUCUUUGUUUUCUCCGUUGUCGUGGUCUGUUUUUCUUCUUCUCUUGUUUUCUUCUUUUUGUUCAUAUUUUGUUCUGUCUGAGAGCUUCUCUCAGGGAGACGUUUUCAAGCCCUUGUGAGAAAACCCUAAACUAACAAACUAUACUUGUAAUGGUAAUGUCUAAACAGCUCUAAACAGUAGUCUAAUUAGAAAACAAGAUAUUGUAACUCUGUAACUGCGCAAUAGAUAGCGCUGAGAGUGCUGGCAUUUACUCCUAGCUGUUGUUGCAUCAUGAUUUAUCAACCAUGUCUUAUUCUGUCUGAUCAUCCUUUAUUUUUGCCUUAGUUGCAAUAUCAUAUGAAAUUCUAUAACUGACGUAAAACAGGUUUGGAUCGAUUCUGGGUAAAAGAAGAGUGAAUGGUAUUUUGUUAAUAAACAUAUCAAUGAUCAAGCAUAUAUAUA